AGAUACUCUACUCCGCCCUGCGUUCCCGAUCACCGCCGCGGCGGACGACCUUCUCUCCUACGUCGGGCGUUCGCUCUUUCCCACGAUCCGAAACUGAAAGUAAAAUGUUUCUGCACCGGUCCCCGGCGGUGGCGGCGCGGGAGCCACGGAGCCAUUCGCGGAGUAACGGUCUCGCCGCGAGCAUCGUCGCGUGCGUCCUCCGCUCCUCCUAGUCGCGUUGACGGCGUGCUGUCCUCGGGGUCCCUUGGUGAUGCGCACGAUCACGUGUUCCGCGCUGUGACGUGACGCCCCUGCAACACGCGCACGAGCUUACGCGAGGCGCCCCGGCCGCCCACUGCGGUGACCCGCGCGCGCGCCGGCGGACUUUCCCCGCGGCCACUUGUCACCGGCUCGGACGCAUCUUCGGCGCAUCUCUCUCGCACCCGCGAGUGAUUGGCUCGCUUUAUAUAGAUUUUGCCAGCGGCUUUGUUUUUGCGCCGAUGAACUCGAUAGCAGUAGUCACAAAUAGGGCCCGAUAAGAGUGGAGUCACUUGUGUUGCGUAAGCAUCUGUCCUUGUUUUUCGCGCGACAUCGGCGACCGCUUUAGCGUGCGACCUGCACCUCCGCUCAGACCUCGCUUGCCCCCUAGUCGCGAACCCGCCCUACUGCUAGUUGUCAAGUUAUUUUGAUGUGCGAGAGUGUCCACUUCUUGAUCGGAAUCUACAUCGGACUGUGCUUCUGUUGACCCUAUGGAAAUUUUCGCCUGAACAUCGGAACAUUAUGGCUGCGGAAGCGGAAACAUCACGCCGACUAUGCAGUGCUGAUGAAGACGCGGACUCUUCGGAUGACGAAACCGAGGACAUCAUAAGUGAGUGCACGACAUCCGAAGAUUCCGGCGGCCACGGCGACCCGCAUGUUUCCGCAGGCAAGCCACGCGCGGAAGCCCACGCAUCGGUCUCGGCGACAGCCGGCGACACCAAAGUGUUGAGGCGAACUCCGAGCUGCCGUUGCCCUCGAUCGGAGGCGGCGUUUUCCGCCCGGCGGCUAGUUCAGUCCGCUGGUUUGGCGAACGACGAAGUCCCAUGUAUCUGCUGCAGCGUCGAGGACACGGAUUCGCUGGGCGAGCUUCAGGUCCAGCAAACUACUUCGUACGAUCACAGCCCCGUUUCCGUUCAGAGCAGACUCGAAUCUUCGGUGACGACCUGCGUAUCCAUGGGGCCUGUCACGAGGACUGUCCACGUGACAACGACGGUUUCUAGCGUGUCGCCCGUUGAGACAAUGCGCGGCGGUUUCUCUAGAAGGUGCAUGAAUUCACUAACAACCGUGUGUGUUCCCCUUCUGGUCGACCGCUUCAGCUGGCAGUCAGGCCGCCUCCACCACGGCAUCGUUCGCCAGCCGAGCAUUCGACGAAGAAGCGGCUCGUCCGUGGCUAAAGGUCAUUUGGCGUCGCAUUGCCUCUCGCGUAGCAGCACCAAUAGGGCACAGCCUGAAUUGGACUUCACGUCUGAUGACGUUAACGAAGGGUCCAAUACAUAUUCGAAUAAAUCACUUCGUGUUUGUGACGAGGCAACCGUCACUGUGAAGGAACUGGCUGCUUCUCUGAAAGACCUCGAAGAAGACACCGACGAACCGAUACGUUUCUUCUUCACUGCACCGUCGCCGACACUGGAGCACCCCUUCGUGGUUGGAGCCGCCCAGGCACUGGUGAAACAGGGACAUUGCGUAGCCGAGGCCCGACCACCGUCGGCGAACUCGACUGAAGACGUUUGGAGGUGCUGCAGCAAACGUGAGGACCCCGGAGGGGCGCCUAAUAAAUGUGACAGUCCCGUGCCGAAAGUACCCGAGCGCCCGACAGACCUACCGUCCAAAAAGCGCGCCCAGGAUGUCGGCCGGGUGACGACGGAAGUGCUGUCCUCUCUGUACGAGCCUUUCGUCUCAGUCCGUUCCGUUAUUCUUCGUCAAGCGUCCGAAGUUUGCUCCUGCAAAUAUUUCGGUGAUGUUCGCCGCUUCAAGACCCACUUCUUGCUACCCGUUGCCCAUCUGCUCCGGCUUGUGAAAACAGAGGUGCAACAGAUGAAAGAGAAGGCAAUGUGCUCUCCUAGGCCGAAUAUAUUUAAAGCGCGCCCGGAGCCCGGAGCGUGCUGCGACAGCGGCUGCCCCGGCUGCCCUGGCCUGCAGAGCCACCAGGCGUGGCCGCUCUGCUUCAGCCGCCGGGUGGCGAUCCAGCUGUGCGAGCUCGACUCCUCAGUGCUUCGACCCGGUGACUUCUACUUGACGGCCGCCGUUGGUCCCGAGGACGCAGCCCGAGUACCCGGCGCGGCGAGAUUGGUGCUCAAGUACCGCGACGACUUGGGCCACCUCUGUAGCAGAAGAAUCGAUGCGCACGACCUCGGGCGGCUCCUGGCCAUGGACUGGACGGCCUCGGGACAGGAGACGGACGAGCAGCUGGUGACUCUGCUCAAGCACCUGCUCGUCUCUGUCGAGCGGGGGCUCGAGAGGAUCGAGUGGGACUCUCUGCUGGCGGCCAACAAGAACUGGGUUUCUGGGCACCGCCUGGAAAACUGCCCCUGCAAGAGCCACGCUUCGUUGCAGCAGCAGCAGCAGCCCGACGACGCGAACGACAGUGAAUGCCCGACGGGCUGCGCCGAACCUGCUAAGGACCAGGCGACGGGCGGCCUUUGCCCAUGUUCCAAGAACAGCAGCGGCUGUAGUGUCGACUCCGCCAGCCGUAGGACGAGUGCGUCCUCCGGAGUUGAUCCCGGACCAUCGUCGAGCGACGAUUCCUCGUCCAGGGAAGGCUCCUGGGCCGGAAUGCUGCUUCCAGGUGAGUUAGAUGGCCUGUCUGCCCUCUUCCGCGAACGGACGUCGCUGUCGAGGGAAGAGGAGCACGACGACGGCUACUGUGACAACAGCCUCGCCCAGCCGACCAGCAUGAGCCAGCUGGGACACAGGCUGCUGCUCUCCAGGGUCGCCUGUUUCCCAGGAUGCAGGGAUGUAAACGGACGGGGCAUAGUUAUUAUCAGCAGUUCAGCAUUCAAGGAUGUCCCUGAACUGACGCCAUCGCAGCUGGCACAGAUGUUGAUGUACUUCUACACAAUACCAAAGAAAGAAAUCAGUGUUCGUGGAUUCCUUCUGCUCGUCGAUGCCGCUGACGCAAGCGAACAGCUCUGGAAACUGCUCGACGAGGCACUUUGUCUCCUUGAGGCAAACGUCAACAACGCGAUCGACAUCGUGAUAGUGGCGAAUGCUCAUGGUCCUCUGGAAGUCAAGGGACUCCUGUCUCAAACAAGAGCUAAGAUUGUCCCAGUGACAUCUCAAGAGAAGUUGCUGGAGUUUGUGGACAAAGACAACCUGCUUCCAGAAUUCGGGGGAACCUACGCUUAUGAUCACCAAGAAUGGAUGAGCUUCCGGAAGUUCCUGGAGCCGUUUGUGUCCGGCUGUCGGCUGUCCGGGCGGCAACUAGUCUCCGUGAUGCAAGAGCUGCGAACGAGUCGGGUGCCACCAUCGUCAGCGCUGGCGCUGCAGCUGAUCGACGCCCAGAAGCGGCACAUCCAGGACACCUUCCGGGAUGAGCAGCUACGCCACCUGCAGGAAGAAGGCGACACCAUUCUGCAGGAGCUGCAAGCGUACCGUGCCCGGUCGCCGCACAAUCUCGACUACCGGGAUGCCUUGGAGAAGAGUGGUCUCCUGUACAACGAGCUGAAGCGCGCCAUGGCGAAGCUGACCAAGCUUGCGGACAAGAGGCUUCAGCGUCUCCAAGAAUGCAUGCUCGUGAGGACUUUCGAAGAAGAAUCUAGUCAAGUGCUGUCGUGGAUCUGCAAAAACGGAGCCGAGGCCCUAUCCAAGCAUUUUUUUGUGGCAGAUUCACUUUCAGCCAUUCAAGAUCAGGAGUACGAGUUCGAGAAGUUCUACUUCCUCGCUAUGAGGCAGAUUGAAAAGGGCAAUGACCUUCUCGAAGAGGUGGCCAUGACAUCUUCGGUCACAGGCUCGGCCAAGAGCACUCAGGAGCUUGCAGUAUCACUCAAGCAUCACCUGGAGUGCUUUACAGAGAAGCUGGAGGACACUCGGGAAAAACUGGAGGACACAUCGCGGUGCUACCUCCUUCUGGACCAUAGCUAUGAAUGGGCUUUGGAUGCCAUGAAAUUUGUGUCAAGUAUGAAAAUGGAUAGUGCUACCACUCCUGAAAGCAUGACACAGCUCAUGAGGCUUCUGCAAGAGUAUCAAGAAGAGCAUCCUGCGCCUUCAGAGCAGAACUUCAGUGAGAUGCAGGACUUGGCUUCUAAGCUGGAUAACCCCAAGCUUGUGGAGCAGUGCAAGACGGCCCAAGCCAGGUGUCGUGAAACAGCCGAGUUGAUGGAAGCGCGCCAUGCAACGUUACUGCGAGCGCGCCAGCAGCUGGAGUUAGAAGGCCGCAAAUCGCCAUCCUUAGCCAACAGCUUUCGUUCAUCAGCCAUGGAUGGGUGCAGCCUCUUUCCUCAAAACAGCUGGACCCCUGGCUCGACCAGUACACCGUACUGCUCAUUUGUGCGGCGCCGCUCUAUUGCCACAACUCAACCCCACCUGUACUCAACUCCUCCUCCCAUGAACUCUUACACAGCAUUCCCAGCAUCUGGAGGCACAUCAGUGGUGCAAGACUCCUUUGCCCUUGAUCAGUACAUCCAGGAGAAGGAGGAGCAGCUUCUUAGUCAGGGCCUCAUUACUGAUGACCUGACGCGAAGAGGUCCUGUUACAUCCAUUUCGCGGAGCUUCCUGGAAUCUCGGAGCAAGGACGGCUGUCCCCGAUCUGCGGGACUGAGCGCAUUGCGUGAGAAAGUGCGCAACUCCUUGCACAAAGAAGGCCACCAGUGUCGUCCGCAACGCAAGCUGAUGAGGCGUAGCUAUACAUGGCAGCUUUGCGAGGAAGCAUUGAGUCGAGCAAGUGACAGGGUUCGAGCGCAGAAUGAACGGUUGGUGUCCGACCGCACGGCCAUGGCAGACCUUGAAGGCAGCGAUGGACUUGCAAGUUCCAUAAGCUCUCCCGAGUCUGAGGAGCUGACCUCACUGGAUUCUGAGCAAGCCAAGAGUGAAGGGCAGUCAUCUGACCUUGGUCGAGGCAGCAGAGUUCCUGUCCCAGUCAACAGUCAUCUCUUGACCCGAGCAUCUGCUCUGCAGCUAGCUGACUCGGCCAUUAGUGAUGCCAAUUUCAGCGAGGAACAGCUGAGAAACAGAAAAACUCUGCUACUCGUUAUGCGUGAAAUGGUACAAACAGAACGGGACUAUGUCAAGUCAUUGGCAUACAUUAUUGAGAACUACAUUCCGGAGUUGAUGAGAGAAGACAUACCCCAAGCCUUGCGGGGCCAACGCAAUGUUGUUUUUGGGAACAUAGAGAAGAUUUACGAGUUUCAUAGUCUCUACUUUCUCCAACAGUUGGAACAGUGUGAAGCAUGCCCCUUCAUGGUUGGACAGUGCUUCUUGCAAUAUGAGCCUCAGUUUUACCUCUAUGCGCUGUACAACAAAAAUAAGCCAAAGUCCGAUUCUCUUAUGUCUGAAUAUGGCAAUGCAUUCUUCAAGCAAAAGCAGCUGGAGCUUGGCGACAAGAUGGAUCUUGCCAGCUACUUGCUGAAGCCAGUACAAAGAAUGGGCAAAUAUGCCCUCUUGUUGAAGCAAAUUCUAAAGGAAUGUCCAGAAAGGGAGCCUGAGCAUGCUGAUUUAAAGGCUGCAGAGGAGAUGGUUCGCUUUCAGCUUCGUCAUGGCAAUGACCUGCUUGGAAUGGAUGCACUUCGUGAAUGUGAUGUGAAUGUGAAGGAGCAGGGGCGGCUACUUCGUCAGGAUGAGUUUCUUGUCUGGCAAGGACGUUCUCGCAAGUCUCUGCGGCACGUGUUUCUCUUUGAAGACCUCAUCCUCUUUAGUAAAGUUCGCAGAGAUCCUGAGCACAAAGGCCAUGACAUUUACCAGUACAAACACAGCAUAAAGACAACAGACAUUGGUCUCACAGAGCAAAUUGGUGAAAGCCCAACCAAGUUUGAAAUAUGGUUUCGCAAGCGCAAGUUGAAUGAUGUGUACCUGCUUCAAGCACCUAAUCCUGAAGUGAAACGGGCCUGGGUACACGACAUCUCCAAGCUCCUCUGGAAGCAGGCGCUGCGAAACAGAGAGAUGCGCCUUGCAGAGAUGUCGUCCAUGGGUAUCGGCAACAAACCUUGCCUUGAUAUUCGCCCCAGCAGUGACCAAAUCAACGACCGCUCCAUCACUUUCCAGCAGCUUAGCCGAACUGCACCCCGACUGCGCAGUCCUCUUGGUCUCCUGGAGUUGGGCCGGGAAGGCGGAGCCAGCAAGCGGCCUCAUUCCAUCAUCUCUGUGAGCUCUUCGUCCUCAUCAUCGUCAAGCCAAGGCUCUCUCCACUGUGCCCUCAACCUGGGAUUUGAGGCUGGUGAUAGCCCUCGACCUCUACAGCGGUCAUUGACCCACCAAUCUCACUGCUCUACAGAGAGUGGUUUCUGCACAGAUGCCAGCACCGCUGGGGACUGCAGUGCAGAUGCAUCAUUGCUGAUGAUGCGAAGGCACCGUAAAGCAGAACGCAGUGAUUCACUGCUGUCCAAUGAUUCUCUUGCUACGCAUUCAGAAGAAGGAUCCCACUGUGGAGAAGAGGUCGCCUCCUCACUGCACACCCAGGGCUUUUCACUGCAUGACACUUGACUACUGCAACAGCGACAGCAAGAGGAGCAGUUCUGAAAAUGCUGAAUUGCAGACCACACGAUGAUGCUUGUGUCUUUAUUAUUUUAUUUUUGUCAAGUAACUUAUUUCAACUGUAAAAUGGGGCAAGCAAUCGUGUGAAAAAUCAAAAGAAUGAAAUAUGGUGGAGUAGAGCACCACUGUAACAACCAGCAAACCUCAGGGUCCUUCUUGUCUUGUAUUACUACUACCAUUAUUCGUGUUGAGUAUUUUUUUUAUCACUUAGUGAGGGUUCAUGUUUUUUUUUUCCCUUAGUCCAAUUUCAUGCUGCCACGUCACCUGAACAGGAAGACAUGAGCUUACAUUGUACAAUGUGCCAUAGGAGUUGUGAAACUGGGUCUUCCUCCUCCUUAGCCCUCACACUCUGUAAAAUUUACCUGAGAUGUCACAAAAGCCCCCCCUGACAGGAGCAGGUGCAAAAUUUUCAGUUGUGUGCUGGACUGUAAAUUCUUUGGAGAUGGGGGCAGUGGGCGGUGCUGGCCAAUGCUUGAUGCCGGUGUGUGUGCUCUCUGGAUUGAGCAGUCCUUCCAACAAGCUGUCCGCUACGGGGGUUGUCUUAAAAGAUUGCGCCAGCGCUAUCAACUGGGUGACCUGAGUGUGGAAAUGAAAGAGUCGUCUUUUCUUCCUCUUUAUUUCCUCCCUUUUGGUUUCAUUUUGCUGUCUCUUUUUUUUAUCUACUUGGCACCAUUUUUCUCAUCUGCAUUUCAUGGCAACAUUGUCUGUGGUUCUCCUGCUGUUUGCAUAAGUAUGCCUAUAUUCAAGACUGCCAGGAAAAGGAAAGAAAAAAAAAUGCUGCGGAACAAAUUGAAUUGGGCUUGUUUGUUUUCUCAGUUCUGUUCAAUGCUCAGUUGUUUCUGGAAGUUCUCCUCUUCCUCUGUGUUCCUUUCUUCCCAUUUCCCUUGCCUAGUGCUCCUUAUGGAAGCACCUGUGUGUGUGUGUUAUGUGUGCAUGUGCGUGCAUGCAAGUUGAGUGUGCGACAUGUAACGUGCUGUUGCAUUCAAGUGUGAAUGUACUAGCGUGGUUACAACGAUACCUCGUAUAUUCCUAUUAUUUUUAUUAUUGUGGUUGCUUAGUUAAGCCUGAUAUUAUUACAGCUGUCAUGUUAUUUAAUUGCAUAGAGGAGCAGUGCAGUUAGUUGGGAGUGUGCUAAUCUUGUGAGAUAUCCUUAGAAUGUUCCACUGUUUCAAAUCUAUCAAGUGAUAAGCAUGCUGAGAAUUGUAAAAUAGGGGAUACUUCUAGCAGUAGAAAAACACUUAUAUUAGGAGCAGGCUGAAAAACUGCUGCUUCAAGCAUUUGCUCUUCCCUCAGACUUGUACAUAAUUUGAUUGUAAAUGUCACAAAUUCCAAAUUUUCUUAAUUGUUUCUUCUGGUCACUUAUUCACUUGUGCCAUUUUUGAUUUAACUCUGUUAUGAACCUUACUGGACCUGUGUUGUGAUGCCGUGUUUUCUUUUGUAAAUCUUAACACAGUUGUUCUGUGUACCUAUUUCCGGUUUGUAUAAAAUAAAUGUUUUGCCUAAUACUUAGUG